AUGGAUAUGCCUUCUAAGUCUAUAGAAGAGCCUCAUCAGCUCUCCGGCGCCUACAUCCGAAGCCUAGUUAAGCACCUUAGCUCAUCACGGCCGAAACAACAUCCUAAACCUAACUCCCCAAAUUCGAUCCUUGAGGAUCGAAUCGAUGAAGCUCCACCUCUCCGAUCACCACCACCACCUCCUCAACCAAAGAAACAAGUGAGGAGAAGACUUCAUACAAGCAGGCCUUAUCAAGAGAGGCUUCUCAAUAUGGCAGAGGCAAGGAGAGAGAUUGUGACUGCUCUCAAGUUCCAUAGAGCUUCCAUGAAACAAGCAAAUGAACAACAACAACAACAACAAAAACAACGACAAGAAGCUUUGGAGGAUUCCAUGAGAUACCCUAAUCCUAGCCCUAACCCCGGUCCAAACAUGUCGCAACAAGACCUACCCAUUUUCACAUACCCUUCAAUACCUUGGUCAUACCCUACACCUGCACCCUUACCAAAUUUCCAUGAUAAUCUCAACAUACCUCUCCCUAACACACCUUUAGGCCUGAAUCUCAAUUUCCAAGGUUUCAACAACAUUGAUCCUCUUAUAAUCCACCCGAUAUCGCCGCAUUCUUCUUCAUCCUCCUCCUCCUUUUCCUACUCUUCGCCUACUAUGUGUGGCAUUGAAGCCAUGUGUGGCAUUGAAGCUCCCGUGGGGGUUCUGGGUACGAGUACAAAUACGGAUACAGAUAUAGAUAUUGGAGAUGACAGGAUGCAUCUGGCGAUGGGCGAGAGGGAGAUGGAGGAGAUACGGUUCAUAGGCGAGAAGCACGACAUGGAGUGGAACGACACGGUGAACCUUGUGACCUCAGCUUGGUGGAGCAAGUUCCUUGAUAAUAUGGAGGUGGACACUAUGGAGGGUACGAAUGAGUUCCGCCCUUUUGAUCAGGAGGCCGCAGUGGAUAUUCCGUCGUGGUUGAAGGAUGGAUCCGUCGGGCAUGCAAGUGCAAACGCAAGCAAUCCCUUGAUGCAGCAUCUUGAUGAUUACUAUUCGCAGGAUGCUUCAUUGCCAUGGUAA